GUUUUCGGCUACAUUCCAGUUACCGCCUCCUCCAUCAUUUCCUCCUCGUUUUGAGUAGCAAGAGUUGCCCUUGCUUCCGCUUUCUGCUCUUUUCCAAGGGAUUGAUGCUGUUUCUCCUGCUUGUCUUCGGGGGUGACUGGGAGUGUAGGGGCGUUGCUUUGGCGAAUCCCCUCAACUCUGUGGAACUGGAGGUGUUGGCUAGUGAGGCUCUCUUUUGGCUUAGGACCUUGAGCGAGUUCGAGCAGGAAGACAAGAGGGACUAGUGAAGCUAAGGAUUGCCUUUCUCCGCACCCCCUGUUCUUGUUUUCUCUGCUCCAGUCCUGGGACUCUCGGGAAUCUGCAGAAAGAGGGUUCGCAGAAAGGUGGGGCGAGUCCCACCUGACCCGGCAUCAGAGUGAAAGAACAUGUCUUUAUUUAAAGCCCGUGACUGGUGGUCUACAGUUUUGGGAGAAAAAGAAGAAUUUGAUCAAGGCUGCUUGUGUCUGGCUGAUGUUGUCAAUAGUGGAAAUGGACAAGAUAAAAUCAUUGUAGGUAGCUUCAUGGGCUACCUGAGGAUCUUUAACCCUCAUCCUGUGAAAACGGGAGAUGGCGCGCAAGCGGAAGAUUUGCUUCUCGAAGUGCAAUUACGAGACCCAGUACUUCAAGUAGAAGUGGGAAAAUUUGUUUCAGGUACUGAAAUGCUUCAUUUGGCUGUUUUGCAUUCUAGAAAACUUUGUGUCUACUUUGUCUCAGGCACCAUGGGUAAUGUGGAACAUGGGAACCAAUAUCAGAUCAAAUUGAUGUAUGAGCAUAAUCUUCAGAGGACAGCCUACAAUAUGACUUAUGGAUCAUUUGGCGGUGUAAAAGGUCGAGAUUUAAUUUGCAUACAGUCCAUGGACGGGAUGCUUAUGGUGUUUGAGCAGGAGAGCUAUGCUUUUGGGCGAUUUCUCCCUGGUUCCUUGCUGCCAGGCCCUCUAGCUUACAGUUCUCGUACGGACUCCUUCAUUACGGUUUCUUCCUGCCGACAAGUGGAGAGUUACAAGCGUCAGGCUGCUGAGCAAAAGGGUCUGCAGUUUCAGCCCGGUGGAACUGGUGCUCCGCGGGAGCAAGCUGUGAUAGUCUGCUUGCACAAAGAUGAAUGUGACCUUGAUGCAGAUCCCUGCACUGAGGGUUGUGCUGUCACAUGCUUUCAAGUUCAUCAAACCCUUGGCCAUUCUGACCUCGAGCUAAUGGUCUCCCUCUUCCAGGUGGAUUGGACUCUAAAUAUCGGAGAGCAAGCCCUUGACAUAUGCAUUGUGUCUUUUAAUCAAUCUGUGUCUUCUGUCUUUGUUCUUGGUGAGAGAAACUUCUUUUGCCUUAAGGAUAAUGGACAAAUUCGGUUCAUGAAGAAACUUGAUUGUAGCCCAAGUUGUUUUCUUCCCUAUUGCUCAGUUUCUGAAGGAACAAUAAAUACUUUGAUUGGAAACCAUAGCAGCAUGCUGCGCAUCUAUCAGGAUGUGACUCUGAAGUGGGCCACGCAGCUUCCUCACACCCCUGUUGCAGUAAAAGUGGGCUGUUUGCAUGAUUUAAAGGGUGUAAUAGUCACUCUGAGUGAUGAUGGCCACCUGCAGUGUUCAUACCUGGGGACAGACCCGUCUCUGUUUCAAGCUCCAAAAGUUGAAUCUAGAGAACUAAACUAUGAGGAACUUGAUAUGGAAUUGAAGGAACUUCAGAAAAUCAUCAAAGAUGUUAACAAAACACAAGGUGUUUGGCCCAUAACUGAGAGAGAAGACGACCUGACAGUGUCUGCCGUGGUUUCACCCACUUUGGAUUCCGUGUCUGCAGUUGUCUUUGGAGCUCUUACUGAGCAAGCCUCUGAUGUUGAAGUGGGAACUGACCUUGUCCCUUCAGUCACAGUGAAGGUAACACUGCAGAGUAGACUGGCAUUGCAGAAAGCUAAAUUAUCAGUUUAUGUGCAACCACCAUUAGUAGUGACGUGCAGUCAGUUUACCUUUGAAUCGAUGGCACCAGAGAUGACUAGAACAGCAUCCUUUUCUGUCUAUCUGAAAGGAAGUUAUAUGCCAUCUGACUUGGAAGGAAAUGUUGUUGUUUCAUAUUCAAGACCAACAGAUCGAAAUCCUGAUGGUAUCCCUCGGGUUAUCCAGUGUAAAUUUAGACUUCCUCUGAAAUUAAUCUGCCUGCCAGGUCAGCCUUCAAAAACUGCAAGCCAUAAACUCACUAUUGAUACCAACAAAUCUCCCAUCAGCCUUCUCAGCCUCUUUCCAGGGUUUGCCAGUCAGUCAGAUGAUGAUCAAGUGAACGUGAUGGGCUUUCGCUUCUUAGGAGGCUCCCGAGUUACUCUUCUUGCUUCCAAAACUUCUCAACGAUAUCGCAUUCAGAGUGAACAAUUUGAAGACCUUUGGCUCAUAACAAAUGAGCUUAUUCUCCGCCUUCAAGAAUAUUUUCAGAAACAAGGCAUCAAAGACUUCACAUGUUCUUUUUCUGGAUCGCUGCCUCUUCAAGAAUAUUUUGAAUUAAUUGAUCAUCAUUUUGAGCUGCGGCUAAAUGGUGAAAAAUUAGAAGAGCUAUUAUCUGAAAGAGCUGUACAGUUUCGGGCCAUUCAAAGACGGCUGUUAACAAGGUUCAAAGAUAAAACGCCGGCCCCACUCCAGCACUUGGACACCUUGCUAGAUGGAACUUACAAGCAGGUAAUAGCUCUAGCAGACGCAGCGCAGGAGAACGAAGACACUCUUUUCCAGGCGUUCACCAGACUGAGAAGUGCCACCCAUUUGGUGAUUCUCUUGCUCAGCCUGUGGCAGAAGCUUAAUGCUGACCAGGUUGCCAUUCUGGAAGCGGCAUUUCUGCCCCUGCAGCAGGACACUCAAGAACUGGGCUGGGAAGAAACAGUGGAUGCUGCGAUUUCCCACCUACUGAAGACCUGCCUGUCAAAGAGCUCGAAGGAACAGGCCCUGAACCUCAGCAGCCAACUGAGCAUCCCCAAGGACACCAGCCGUCUGAAGAAGCAUAUCACCUUGCUCUGUGACAGAUUAGCCAAAGGUGGCCGCCUCUGCUUAAGUACGGAUUCCGCAGCCCCACAGACCAUGGUCAUGCCAGGUGGCUGUACUACGAUUCCAGAAUCAGACCUAGAGGAAAGAUCCGUUGAACAAGACACCACAGAAUUGUUUACCAACCACAAGCACCUCUUUGCAGAGACGCCCGUGCCUGAAGUUUCAUCCCUCCAGGGCAUCUCAGAAUAGUCCGAGUACUCUGCUGGAGAGGCGGAUGCCCUUCCCAAGGCUGACCCUGUGUGGACCUCACGCCAGCCACAGCUGUAGGGCUAGCCCAGGUGCUCCCCCCAGCUCACCUUCCGGGAGAUGACAUUACCUAGAGAUGGGAACCAGAACUUUUCAUUUUGUUCCAGAAGGACUUGGAAUUCCACGAGCAAGUCAGGUGAAACUUGUUGGGCCAGGGAAGGAAGUUGCUUCCUUUUGGGUAGAUGAAUGCGGCCAUUCAGAGGCUAUCGUGAAAAACCAUAGUUUGGGGAUAGACUUUAUAAUUCUAAGACCCAAAUAAUUAUAGCCCAUUUUUCACAGAAUUCUUAUUUAGGAAUGUAUCAAGCUUAAUAAAGCAUCUCAUUGGCAAUCAA